AUGAACAUCGUGGGCAUAGUCUCACAGUUGUCAGAAAGGCGCACGUUAGACGGAACAAAGCUAGAUUAUGAUAGCUUAUUCGUCAAAUUGCCUAUAUCUAUUCGUCGCGCCGCCUUAACCUUCCACGGCACGCCCCGUUACGACGUGUACUCCGACGAUGACUGGGAGUCGCUCAUCCCUCAGGGACACGGAUUCUACCGCACGGAAGACACACUUGAAUACUACGGUGUCUCCAUGUACCACCAGCUUCACUGUCUCGACGUGAUUCGCCGGAUGAUCACGGCAAAGUCCAACACCACCGACGAACGGGCGCACCAUGCGGACCAUUGCUUGUCAUACUUGCGCCAGGCGAUCCUCUGCCAUUCUGACCUUACGCUCGAACCGGCACAUCUGAAGCUGCUAGACGAUGGGAGGUAUUUGCGGGAGAUUUCCAACAUGAGCAGGACGCACGAUUGCCAUGAUUGGGUUCAGGUGCGAGAGUUUUUGGAGGAGAGGUAUCUCGAGUGGGAAGACGAGGACGAUUUUUCUGAAGCAAAGGGAGGAUAUCAUCAUAUAUUGUAA